AUGGAAAUGGCGGCAAGAAACAUCGGAGCAAUACCACGAGAUUUCGAAGCACUCAUGUUUGCCAUCUAUAGCACAGCGAUCAUGUCACUAAGUGAUCACGAAUGCAAUCAAAGACUUGGCGAGGCCCGCAAAUCCCUCCUCUCACGAUACGUAUCCUGCACCAAAGUUGCAUUAUCCCGAACGCGGUUUAUGGGAACCACCAGCCUUGUUGUUCUUCAAGCAUUGGUCCUCCAUCUGCACUCGGUGCGAGAUACACAUGAGCCACGUGCUGUUUGGUCUUUGACAGGUGUGGCAGUCCGCAUUGCGCAGGGUAUGGGACUCGACCGCGACGGAGCGCUCUUAGGUCUGCCUCCGUUUGAGACCGAGAUACGACGACGCAUAUGGUGGUUGCUCAAGACGCAUGACUUCCGUACCGCCGAGCUUUGUGGCGUUGACAAAUUUCGAGAUAUUCGUGUUGAUGCAGAGAGCUCAAAAUGGCCGACGAAUGCGAACGAUGACCAGCUUAGGCCAGGGAUGCCUUCACUCGAGAAUGGGCCAGACAAACUGACCGACGCCGUUUUCAUUUCUGUGAAAUGCGAACUCUUCAAGCUUGCUAUCGGCCGUGGUGAUCACUUGCGCCGAGCAGGGCUCACGCCCAGUGAGCUUUGUGCGACUGGGAGCGAUGCGGAAAAUACCGACCAGUCUUUUGCAAAGAUCGAAGAGCUCCUAGAGACAAGAUAUUUACGCUACUGUGACCCCUCACAGCCUUUGCAUCUCAUGACGAUGCUCCUGGCCCGUAGUGCCAUGAACUUCAUUCGCUUCCUUAUACACCACCCACGAAGAUGGGCAAACGUGGAUCAGACGCCGGUUAUUGAGCGACAGGCCGUCUGGGAUCUUAGUAUCAAGAUUCUAGAGCAACACAGCAUGUUACAGUCCAACCCAAUGCUAAAACAAUUUGCAUGGUAUGCCCCAUAUUUCCAACAAUGGCACGCUGUCAUUCACGUACUUGAUACUCUCCGCGCCAGCCCAGACACAGCGGGCACCGAAAAGGCUUGGAAUCUUGUGGCCAGCACAUAUGAGAAUAAUCCGCAUAUGAUUCUAGACACGAGAAAGCCGAUUCACAUAGCCGUGGGCAGCCUUUGUCUAAAGGCAUACGCCAGUCGGGAAGCGGUAUUGCAGAAAAGUGGUACCAGUCCUUCUCCGCUACCCACAUUCAUCGUCCAGCUACGCCAACAACGCAAGAUUGUCCAGACCAAGAAACAGGCAGUACAUUCCAAGAGCUACCAACAAGAAGACCCAGUAGACGGAAGCCAGUCGGCUACACAAUUACCAAAUUGGUCUCGACCCAGCGGUCUACCUAACAGCUCUGGUUCUCCUGAAGGAGAUGCCUUUUGGUCCAAACAAGUGUCUGGCGACGCUGAAUUCGGCAUAGCAAAUGAUUUGGGGGACAUGGGUUGGGAUUUCUUGCAGGAUCAAGACGGUGUGGGGGAUAGUGCUACAAGCGGGAUAGACUGGGAUAAAUGGGACUCCUGGCUGGCAGAGUCUAAUAUGAUACGUCCGUACUCGUCGGAGAAUGGCUUCUUUGAGGACAUGUAA